CGCCUGCCCGGGACCAUCUGGAGCUACACGCAGGUGCGGCGCACGGGCGGUGGCGGCGUGGAGACCGUACAGGGCCCCGGCGUGUCGUGGGUGCACCCCGACGGCGUGGGCGUGCAGAUCGACACCAUCACGCCCGAGAUCCGCGCGCUCUACAACGUGCUGGCCAAGGUGAAGCGCGAGCGCGACGAGUACAAGCGGAGAUGGGAGGAGGAGCUCGCCAAACGCAUGAACCUUCAGGCCAUGGUGGACACACUUCAGGAGGCAGCACAAGAGGCCGAUGCCAUCCAGGAGGAGAUGAACGAGAAGAUCGAGCGGCUCAAGGCUGAGCUGGUGGUGUUUAAGGGGCUCAUGAGUGACCCCAUGACAGACCUGGACACAAAGAUCCAAGAAAAGGCCAUGAAGGUGGACAUGGACAUCUGCCGCCGAAUCGAUAUCACGGCCAAGCUGUGCGAUGUCGCACAGCAGCGGAACUCGGAAGACGUGUCCAAGAUCUUCCAGGUGGUCCCCAAAAAGAAGGAGCGGAAGGUGGCUUCAGACGAUGACAUCUCCGAGCAGGACGGGGAGGCCAACCGGUUCUCAGAUGAUGAAGUUGGCUCCAUGAACAUCACAGACGAGAUGAAACGCAUGUUUAACCAGCUGAGGGAGACCUUUGACUUUGACGAUGACUGUGACAGCCUGACGUGGGAAGAGAAUGAAGACACCCGGCUGCUCUGGGAGGAUUUCACCAACUGCAACCCCACCAUUGACCUACAGGGCGAGCAAGAGGAAAACUUGGGCAACUUGAUCCACGAGACCGAAUCCUUCUUUAAGACGAGAGACAAGGAGUACCAGGAAACAAUAGGCCAGAUCGAGCUGGAGCUGGCCACAGCCAAGAGCGACAUGAACCGGCACCUGCACGAGUACAUGGAGAUGUGCAGCAUGAAGCGCGGCCUGGAUGUGCAGAUGGAGACCUGCCGCCGCCUCAUCAAGGGCUCUGCAGACAGGAAUUCGCCGUCCCCCAGCUCCAUGGCCAGCAGCGACUCAGGAAGCACAGACGAGAUCCAGGACGAGUUCGAGCGGGAGGCGGAUGUGGAGCCUAUGGUCAGCUGAUGACGGAGGCCAUGUGCCUGCUGGUCUUGGCGAUGGGGCCCCUGCCUCCUCUCUCGACAGGGCCAGGAAGGCGCCCGGAGUGGGGUUCCCGUCUGCACCACACAGACUUCCUAUGUCCUCCCUUCUCUGGAGGCCCCAAGGGACCGCUGCUUCCUUCCUUCCCACCACCCCACCACCAACCAGUGCGCCCUCUCACCCACCCACCCACCCACGGAAUGGUGCUGUCAAUUUCUAUUGUUCUCCACGUUACAAAUGCAGACUUCUGUGCGGACGAUGCAGUGUUAACUGUGCCUUCUCCCUUAAGCUGAGCCACUUUGAGCUCCAAAGAAUUAUUCCUAGCAGGUGUUUUUAUACAAAACUCUGAGGUGAGGGCGGUGGCCCUGGGCGUGGUAUAUGUGGUUUUCUACCCUCCCACCUGCUCCUCUGAUUGGCUAUGAGCUAUGCCCUCCCUUCCUCUGUGGCCAGCGUGACUGUCCUGGGACAGGGAUGGUCUUUCUCCCCACCAGGAAGCAGUCCUUUGCCUCCACAGCCUUUCCAUGCUGGGUGGGGACCUCCCAGAUUUUCUCAUACACUAAAUGAGAAGAAGGUGGAAGGAAGGGAGGGAAGACAAAUUUUUAUUUUCAUUUUGGGUCGAGUGGUAAAGUGGAGGGACAAGGCACGGUGGGGGGAAGGUGGAGUCUCACUGUGUUUAAACUACUAUGCAAAAAACACAAAACAAAACAAAACAAAACAAACAAAAGCAGCUUGCCUUAUAUCACUGGGAAAGGUGGGCCCUCUCCCAGACUCCUGGUAUACCCCCGGAGCUGGGCAAGAGGCUGAGGUUAGGGUGGUCUCUCUUGGCCUCCAAAGAUGAGCACUGACUGGAGUGGGGAGUUUGGUCAAGGUGGGUAGAGAGGUCUGGGCUCCUGCAAGGCCCCGGCCCACCUGACUGCUUGCUUGCUUUGGGGCCUCUUGGCUUUUGGAUGGGGGGAUGGGGCCCUUUUUACCCUGAUGACUUGAGGUAUUUCCCUCCCUUUGUAACCAACAAGAAGGAGUUAUAGAUCUGAAAUUUCUCUAUGAGAAACUCUGAAGGGGCCAGGCCUGGUGUCUGCUCCGUUCUACCGAGGACCUCGGGUUGGUACCAACCUGCCGCCAUCUUGGUUCUCCAUUGCCCUUCCCUGCCCAUCUGGCCACUGGCAGGAUGGGACAUUGGAAAGGGAAGGGCAGGAAGGCAGAGAGGGCUGCUGGCAGGUCAGAGCUGGCUUGGGUAGGAGCUUGAGAGAGGACCAUUUUUGCUCUGCUCAUGGACGUACGCAAGCCUCGUUCCAUAAUUCACUUGACUGACCAAGUGGGGAGUUAACCUGAGCCAGUAUCUCCCCCAAGACUUGAGUAGGCCUGAAUUGAAGGGCCCCAAUUGAGACCACGCAUCAGUUCUCAGCUUGGAGCCAGCCUUGCAAGCUUUGCCUUUUUUUUAAAACUUCUUUUUUAUAUCCACUCCUGUGGGUGCGAUGGCUGAUUUUGGGUUUUGUUGGCCCAGCAGUUCCCUCUGGAGGUCAAAGGAGCGAAAAUGUGUGUGCCCGAGGACCAGAACUCACUACCCACUGCCUAUGUCUAGAGGCAGAUGAGGGGGCUCUGGGUUUGAGUGGGUUCGUGGCCCCUGGCUGUCCUCCCCAGGGUGCCAUCGACCUCUAAGGCCUUCUCUGUCUGUUCCCCUCAGCGUUUUACAGUCUUAAAACCGUUGUACAUAAUAUUCGUAUAUAUGUAUAGAGAGAACGAGAAUGUGUUAGUGACUGUGUACUGUAAUUUAUCAGAACCUGGUAGCUCUGUCCUCUGUUUUGUCUUGCUUUAUUUUGUUGGGGAACAUGUCACUGGCCUUCUGCAGCAGCCUUGCUACAAGGCUUCCAUCGUCAGCACCUCUUGCUAGCCAAGCAGUCCUUUCGGGCAGGUACUUAGAGGGACAGUGGUUUUGGGAGAGAGACAGCCCUUUCCUCUUCUCCUCACUGACCCUUGUUCUAAAGGUUACAGGGUUCAAACAUAUCUGAUUAUCGUUGUGUUGUUGUCUUUGUUGUUUUAUUUUUAUUUUAACCAAAGGCUAUCAGAGCCAGUUGGGCUUGGACCUCAGCUGCUGAAAAGAUUUUCCGUUUCCAUGAGGGCAGGAGGAUGGCUGCCCCGUGGGUCUCCUCUGUCUGUCCAGGAUGGAGGGAGGCAUCAGAGGGCAUGGUUUGGGAGUUGGGUGGACAGAAUGGAAGCCAGCCUUGGGGCGUUCCUCAAGGCGGCUGGAGGGUGGCCGGUAUAUCUUAGUCUUCAGUGUAAGUAUUUGAGGGUAACUAAGGUUACCGUGGCGAUUGGUAUCUGCUGGUAUUAUUUUCGCUUUCCCCUUGUGUACAUAGGUCACAGGUCAUUGGUCUUUGGGGACUAGGGUGCUCUGAAUUGAUCUAGAGAGGAUGAAUAUGGCCAGAGCCAGAAAGAGAAACUGACCUGAGAGUCCCUUCCUGCUGCCUUUCAAUAUCUGCUCUCCUCUUGGGAGCGAGGAUUUGGGGGCAGGGGCAUGGGGGAGGAAGAGCAGGGGUGGGGUUGCCCUGCCUCCUGGGCUGGUUUCUGGGUCUUGGCUGCCUCCCUCCCACUGAGUUCUUCUCUAAGGAAGUUGCCAGUGGGCCCUGCUUGUCCCUUGCCACGAGCCCACAGCUUGCCAAGAAAGACCCCACGCUCGCUGGGGCAGCACCAGGCCCAGGUGGGACACACUGGCCCGUCCUUUGUAAAGCUGUAAAUACUUCAUUUUGGUUUUCUAUUUCUAAGUCCAGUGUCAUAUUGACAUUGGUAUUUUAGAAUCGUUCUCUGUGCUGCCCUCUCUCCUUCUCCUGUCCUGGGGGUUUUAUAUAAAUACAGGAUGGAGGGCAAGGAGAGUAGCACCCUUUUGGCUCCCUGGUUGGUUGUGAAGUACACACACACACACACACACACACACACACUCCUCUGAGAUUCUGAGCAGGGAAAACGACUAUGGGUGGGCAGACACGCUUUACUAGCUCGUGGCAGGAUGUCCUGAGGUCCUGAAGGCCCAGGCUGUUACGAUCCUAGCUGUGAGUAGAGCCCGGGCAGCCUAUGGAGGGUCCAACCACUCUGGCUUGGGAUGAGAGGAGAGGGGGCGGGGCAGGGGCUAAUAUAAGGUGUAACUUAAGCUAAAUGUAAUCUAUUUAUAAAGCAAGAGACUCUCAUCUAUUUUUAUGAAAGGAAGGGUUUUUUAAUCUAGGGUAGGCAGUUACGGUAGCCCAGCGAUUUUCUGUGGACAAAGUAUCGUGCAUGUUGCUGCUGGAUUUAAUAUACUCAGCACCCCUCCCCUGGUCUUGUCUUCCCGUUCUCACUCUGGUCACCCACACCCAAGAGCGCUUUGGCAGAGUGUAGGUCCCUCUUCUCCCCAUGUCCCUCUCCCCUGACCCAUCAGCUCCUCGGAAGUCUUUGGGAGCAUGAGCACCUUGGGGGUGGGUUUUGGGGAACUGAGAGUUGAGGUGGGCGGAGGGAGGAGGGAAGGAGAGGAGGUAGACCCUGAUCAGCUCUGACUCUGGCCUGCCAGGAUCCACUUCCAACCCAGCUGCGUUGGAAGGGAGCUGAGCAGCAGAGGGCAGGUGGCAAUGGGGCCGUGGGUUUGGGGAGUGCAUGACUUCCACAGGGCCUGGGUCUCAGUGGGUCCUAGCUGGAGCAGGAUCCUGCCCUGGCACGGCCUACUCCAGCCCAAGGACUAGGCUGUAGUCUUUCUGUGCCCUGAAUAGAGGGACUAGGAUGCUGGGGGUCUCCCCACACCCACAUCCUCCCCUUUGAGACACUGUCCUAGAGUGGAGAGUCCAGAGGGAUCUAAAAUCUCUCACCACUCCCUCUUCCCCCUAAGCCCUCAAAGAAAUGAGGCAAAACCUCCGGCACCCCUCCCCCACCCCCAGACCCCUUGUGGACAUUUUGGCAUCUACCUGAUUUUUAACCCCAUCCAGGGAGACUUCAUACCCUGUGGUUCCGUCCUACUCCAUGUUGCCGUUUGUCUGCCAGCUGGGUCUAGCAUUACGGGAAGGGGGGGUUUAUACUCACUGAGAGACUACUGAUCCUACCGGAAAACCAACCUGUUUACUGUACUGUUGUAAAUAUCAUGCCCUUUAUAUCAUGUAUAUUGGCUUCUUUUAAAUAAAGUGAAAUGUCUUAGAA